AUGUUGGGAGCAGCCUAUGCCGAUGAAGAAGAGCACAGCCAGUGGCAGGAUUGGCGGUUGACGUUUCGAAGCUGGUUGGUUUACGCCCAGGAAGACUUCGAGAAGGACCUAAAUGAGGCUGAAACAGCCACCUCACCUAUGGACUUCGUGGAGAUGACAACUGCGCAGCAUGGUCGGUCGGAGAAGCUUCACUCGAUCUUGGUGGGCUUGCUGAGGAACAGGCCACUGAAGAUCUUGAGAAGCGUUGAGGGACGCAAUGGACUGGAGGUUUGGAGACAAUUGUCACAGCAGAUGCAGCCGAGGACAAGGGCGCGGUCAAUUGCUCUCUUACAGGCCUUCUUGGCCCACCCCCCGUUCAAGAAGGACGGCGUCUUGGAGCAGGUCUUGGGCUUGGAGCGCUUGGCCGAGGAGUAUGCCCAGGUGUCGAAGGAGGAGCUGAGUGACAAUACAAAGCUGUCAGUUCUGCUCAAGGUGGUCCCCAACAAUCUUCGACAACACCUACAACUGCAGAUGGAUGAAAGCGCAGACUACUUGUCAGUGCGGGAGAAGGUCUUGGCCUAUGAGCGCACUACAACAUCGUGGAGCUCACACACGGUGUACAGGGAGCUUGACAUCAAGAAGGACAAAAAGGUUGAUGAGGCGGGCAAAGGUCUGCCCAACGACAUGUGCAAGCUGUGUGGCAACAGGGGGCACUGGUCUCGAGAGUGCCCAGUUCGAACUUUGAGGCAAGUUGCACAGGAUUCAGUUUCGACAGUGAAUACGCAGUCGUUGGUGAGUGGUGCAACUGGAAGUGGAGGUGCCGUUCAAGGCUCACCUACAACAACUAUGUCAACAGCUGUCAGGAGGGUGACAUACCUCAACUUGGACGAGGAUGAGAUCCCGGUGGAGCCCUAUGUUAGGAUGGUCGAUGGAGGUGUCUAUGACAUGACAUACAGUGACAGCGAUGAUGACUGGUAUGUCUGCAACACCGAGGAGGACCAGCAUGGGGCCUAUUUCGAGAACUUCAAGGACAUCCCUGUGGAGACCUAUGGCAAGAAAUUGGAUUUUGGUUUGAGGCCACCACCAUUUGAUUCAGAAGUUUGCCAAGGACGUCAUGCAGAUCAGGCAGUGAUUCGAGGAGUCACAACUGGUGAUGCAGUUAGCAUCAUCUUGGACAGUGGUGCAGAUGUUUCAGUGUUGCCGCUGUCUUACAAGAACUAUGGAAAAUCCCUUUCAAGGACAAGCGUCCUUCGAGAUGCUCAAGGCAACCGCAUGCCAGGUGGAGCCCUACGGCAAGCUGUGGUGACUAUGGAAGAUGAUCAAGGGAGCAUUGUGGAGCUCAGGGAAACGUUUGCACUGUCGAAUGUUUCAGACCCACUGUUGGCUCUUGGAAAGAUGUUGAAACGUGGUUGGAAGGUAGAAGGCAGUGGAGGCGAGGUGAAACUCAUCCAUGGAGACUUCUACAAGACCGUGGGUUUCAAAAGCAACAGCUUGGCGCUGGAGGCUGAGAUCAGGAUGGUGGAGAUUGUGGAGAAGCCGACAAAGGUGUCAGCCGGGCCUGUGGUUCGACAGGUCACCAUGAGUUUUGAAGGGAUGAUGAACAGCCUUCUUACAGUUCCUGGAUGGCACUUGUCAAUGGAUAGGAAGGUACCCUUCUUGGUCGUGCCCAACAGCAACCACUUCAAGGACUCCUUCCCGCAGUUCAACAGGAAUGACUUCCAGUACCGCUCAACAAUCGUGCUGAAAGGCAGAGUUUGGGAGGUCGUGGAAGUGGCAGAGACAAGCAACAGUGAGGGUGUGAUUCCUGAGUGCGGGGAUGAGCUCACCACGGUGGUCACUUUCUUCCAUCGAGAAGCUCAUGAUGUGAACGCUGUUGGAACCAUUCAUACAGGUUCAGAUGAUCCUUUUCUUCAACCAGCACUACGCCCAGAUGAGCCCAAAGGAGAACAAGGAAAGGAAGUACAAGGUUUUGGCUGGCAUGGCAAGACAUUGGAAGAUGGAGUGUACGAGGUCGAUGAUGAUGAGGGCAUGGGUCCACAACCAGAAACAGGAGAAGGAGACCCUGCACAUCGAGAAGUACCUCAACGUCUUGCAGAAGAAGAACCAGAAGAGAUCGACAUCGAUGGAGAGAAGUUCAACAAAGGAAUGGCGCUUUCAAAGCUGAGAACAGGCCUUCGAAUGUACGGCCUACCCAAAGGGAGAAGCAAGGCUGACGCAUGGAAGAGGCUCCGGGAGUUUGAGAGGAAGAAGAUGGCUGAUGGUGGAAGUGAUGCACGUGGUCAGAUGAUCCCUCGACUGCCAACAAAGGCAGAGAGGCAGGUGCAUGAGCUGACCCAUUGGCCCUUUGCUGAUUGGUGUGAAAGCUGUGUUGCAGCCCGAGCACGUUCAGAUCCUCAUCGACUUCAAGGUUCAAUGCGUGCUGAAGGAAAAUCAGAGUAUCCAGUUGUUUCAAUGGAUUUCUGCUACACCAGAGGUCUGGAGGAGCCAGAGGAGAUCGACAAGGAAGACCUGCGUCUUUAUGGAGGAGAUGUGAAAGGUGGUCUGGCUUUGGUGGUGACAGAUCAUUGGACGAGAGGUGUGAUGGCCCUACCUACACCAGGAAAAGGUCGACGGCAUGCAAAAUUCUUGGCAGAGCAGGUGGUUCGAUACAUAGGUGCCUGCAGUUUCUCAACGUGCAUCAUCAAGGCUGAUGGUGAACCUUCCACACGUCUCUUGGUCGACAUCAUCCAGAAGUGCCGGCAGAAACUUGGUUUCAAGACGUUGGUGGAACAUAGCGGCCCUGGAGAUAGCCAAGGAAAUGGUCGUGUGGAGAGGGAGAUCCAGACUGUGAGAGGCCUUGCAAGGACACUUGUGAGAAGGUUGAGUGAGGGCGCUGGUAUCAGAAUCAACUGUCAAGGACCCCUUUUCCAGUGGGCUAUGAGGCAUGCUGGAUGGCUCAUCACGCACUUCUGCCGUCACAAUGGGAGUGCAACAGCAUAUGAACAAACCACCGGCAGGAAGUACCAAGGAAAGCUGGCAAUCUUUGGUGAGAGGGUGAUGGCUAGACUUCCAGGUGGUGCAGGUGACGACCGCUUCAAGCCGUCGGUGUGGUUGGGAAAGACAGACAGAGCUGACUUCCACAUCGUUGCAACUACAGAUGGGCUGAGGUGGACAAGGACAAUUCGUCGCCUACCUGCGGGGUUUGAUGCCACCAUCCUCAACAAUGUGAGAACCUGGCCAUGGAAUGUCUCCUAUGGCCAGAUUGGAACCAAGAGUACACCACUGAUGGCAAAGACCGAGAAUGUGGCUCUACCACCAGACAUGGCAGGUCCAAUACGACUUCAAGAGCGGCAGGAGAGGCAACAAGCAGCUCUUGAAGCCAGGAGAGGUCCACAACAAGCUGAACAACAAGGAGCUGCAGAAGGAGAAGGAGAUCAAAGGCAGGCAGGGUCUUUGGAUGAGGCAGCAUCAGACCCUACUUCGAAAUCUUCGAGCAGUUCUUCAGCUAUGGCUUCACAACGUGGUGAUGUGGAUGACGACACUUUGUUGGAGGAUUUGCUGGCCGAGGUGAAGGAUCCAAAGGAGUAUGCAAGUGGUGUGGAGACUUCUCCAAAACGUGGUGGACAAGUUGCAGAUGAAGAUGAGCAGAGCCCAGCGAAAUCGGCAAGGACAACAUCGAGAAAGGUACCACGUCUUGGGGAGCCUACUACAUCAUCAAGUUCAGCUAUGGCAUCAUCAACACAUGGUGGAGGUGAUGAAGCUCAACCUGCAGGUGAACCAACGGUGAGAAUGGUCGUGAAUGGCGAGAUCUUGGCUGAUGGAGAUUUGGACAUGGAGUUCCCCUACAAGCCACCUGACCUUGGACCAGAUGAGUUGGCUCAGGUGGAAGCAGAAGCAGCCCAAACAGAAAUCUUGCGGCUGAUCGACAUGGGCGUUUUGAGGAGGCCCAACUUGGAAGAGGACAUCAACCAGAUCCCAACGCUGACAACGAGAUUGGUAUGUGAUUGGAGGUUCAGGCAGAAUGCAUGGGUGAGACGUGCACGUUUGGUGGCACGUGAUUUCAAUUGGUUGGACCCCAAUAGGAGCGACACUUUUGCACCGACUGGGACGCAAUCCGCAAUGCGGCUGAUCCCAGCAUUGAGUCAGCUUCAACAAUGGAGCAUGAGGGUGGCAGAUGUGAAGGACGCAUACUUGAUGUGCGACCAACCCAAGUCAGUCAAGGUGGUGCUUAGCAUGGAGUUGGCAAGGCAACUUGGAGUGGAUCGUGAAUGGGUUCUUGGAAAGGUUUUGCCCGGCCAACGAGAAGGAGCUGCAGUUUGGUUCAACGACUUGAAGUCCAAGCUCAAAGCUGCAGAUCUUCUCCAAUGUCCUGAAACACCAACAAUUUGGACCAAUUCUUCCAGAACUUUGUCUCUCAUGGUGCACGUUGAUGACAUCGUGAUGGGAGGCAUCGAGAGUGAGUUGGACAGAGUGGAAAGGUUCCUGAAGGAGCACUACAAGCUGUCGGUGGAGAGUGGUGACACUUUGAGUUUCCUCAAGAGGAGCAUUGAGAUCGUGGAUGGAACAACAAGAAUCAGAGUGAACCCGAAGUACAUCGAUGGACUGGUCUCUUUGCUUGGAGGAGUUCGAAGGCGCCGCACACCGGGUGACUUGAUCAUUGACAACAACUUGCUGGAGACAGAGGAGGAAGUGAAAUUGUUCCGAUCGUGCGUUGGAACACUUCUUUAUGUUUCUGGAGAUAGACCUGAUGUGCAAUACCUGAUCAAGGAGCUGGCGGCAAAGCUUCAAUCACCGACGAAGGGAGCGAUGGCAACACUCCACAACCUCGUCGGCUACAUGCAUGCAACCAGAGAUUUCCAUCUGUGCAUGAAGGGCACAGAUCCAUCAACAAGUUUCAGAAGCCGAGCGGUUGGUUUGGCUACGGGCCCAGAGUAUGUGGACGGCAAGGAGGUAUGGCUUUUGGAAGUAGCAACUGACUCUGACGACUGGAAUGGACAGAAGGAGACAAGGUCAUCUACGAGUUGUGGCAUGGUUUUCCUCGGUGGCUUUUGGCUGUUUGGUUACUCGCGCACCCAGAAGCACAUCACGCUGAGCAGCACAGAAGCUGAAUAUGUUGCUUUGGUUGGAGGAGCGUCAGAGGGGCUUUUCUUGAAGGCCGUGGUGCAACAUUUGGUUUGUGGCGUGGUGGAGCUCAAAGUUUUGGGUGACAACACUUCAGCAAUUGCCAUCGGAAUGCGAGAGGGUGUUUCGAGACUGAAGCAUCUUGAUGGACGUUUGCUAUGGAUGCAACAACGUCAACAGCUUGGAGACCUACAACUUCGAAGGGUAGAUACUUUGACAAACCCGGCAGACAUGGGAACGAAGGUUCUUGGAGGUCGACGGGUACGACUUCUACUACAUCUACUUGGUUUCCAGAGUGACGAUGGUGACCUGGGACAUGCAGAGUUUGAACAGGAGAGGCUGAAGAAGGAGAGCAGAGAACAGCUGCCGGCGAUCAGAAAGAUUGUGCAAGCUGAAGUUCCAGAAGCUCAACAGGGUCAGAGCAGCACACUUCUCAACAAGGUGGCAAAGCGUUUGCUGAGGCUAUCAGUUGGCACUUUACUUUUCGGUGGAGGAGAAGCCUUGAGCCUGCCCUACAACAUGGAGAGCAAUGCACAGUGCUUUGUUUCAGUGGAGACGACCGAGGUCACUACCCCGUGGACUAUUUUCUUCUUGGUGUCCAUCAUCGUGGUUUUGGUGAUCGCGGUCAUGACGUUGCUGAAGAUUAUGUACGUGAUGCACCUUCGGAUCGAAGCAACAAGAGAAGCAAUGGAUUGGGUCAGAACGCAGUGGAGACAGUCGAGAGACAGGAGAAUGAUCAGAGAAGAGGAGCAGCAACGACUUGGAGUUUGGUUGAACGAUACCGAUGAAGAGUCUGGAGAUGAGAAUGAGGAGUUUCAAGAAGAAGAACAACUUCCAGGAGAAGAACAGCCAACAAUGAAUGGAGCUGCGCAUAUCCGCAGAAUGACCCUGGAGGAGUUCAACAAUGGCAUGGAAGAAGGUGGAGAAUUUGAGAUGGAAGAGAUCGAAGUUGAAGUCGAUCCUGGAGCUGAAGCUGGUGGUGAUCGUGCAGUACCACUAGGUGAUGGAGCUUAUGAUUUCGACUUCGACGUGGAUAGCAUUUCAAUUCAUGGUGAAGGACCUUCAGGUGAAUGCAAGAUGGAGCAAGAACAGGAAGAGGAAGAGAGCGACGAUGACAUGGAGACGGACUAUGGCUCAGUUGGCAUGGUGGACGAGGACUUCAGUGUCUUUGAGAACCUCGAGCCGACUGAGUAUGACGACUACAGGUUCAUCGUGCUCAGUGAAAGUCGCGGUGUGGAGCACUACAUCGUGCGCAAGCUGAGUUGGCCGGUCACCAGGGAGAUUUGGAUCGCGAUACAGGAGCUCUUUGCAAUGCACAAGGCAGUUCAACUUGGAGGAGUUGAAGAGCGCAAGAAGGUGAUCCGUUUCCUACUUGCAAGGAAGAGAUACCAAUUUUGGUAUGAAGCUGGUCGCAUUCAACCUGGUGAAUCCUUGGAGGAGUCGGACAUGCCAGAUGAAUGGUUAGCAGCCCAUUAUGGAUGGGGAGAACCAGUUGGAGGGCAGCCAUAUGAAAGUGAUGAUGAAGGUUCAUGGAGCCCGAGUGCAACAGGAAGCGUGGCCAUCAUCGAGGACACGGACAUCGGAGCUUCGAGCAGCGCACAUGCACCAGCGCUGCCACCACCACCUGUCGUCACAGAAGAACCUGGAUCAACAACUGAUACACCAGGAGUGACUGCAGAGCCAAAGGCCAAAUCGAAAGGAAAAUGCGGUGGAAAAGGUACAACAGUGCUUUGGUCAAAGGACCCACCGGUAGAGGACGAUGCAGACGGGCAUGUGUGA